CAGCCUUAAAGGCGGCGGCAGGGGGGGCGGGUCGGGCUCGGCACCAUGGGGCGAGCGCUGAGCACCCCCGGGGGCCGCUGCCCCGCGCUGCUCCUGCUGCUGCUCCUGCUGCUGCUGCCGCUGCCCGGGCUCACCCGCAGCCUCCUCCCGCAGCCAGAAGCUGCCUGCAAGAACCGGCCUCUAGACCUCGUCUUCAUUAUAGACAGUUCCCGUAGCGUCCGACCGGAAGAGUUUGAGGAAGUUAAAGUCUUUUUGUCAAAAAUGAUUGAUACUCUGGACGUUGGUGAAAGAACAACCCGCGUGGCAGUCAUGAAUUAUGCCAGUACCGUCAAGGUAGAGUUUCCCCUCCGAACCUAUUUUGAUAAAGCAUCUAUGAAGGAGGCUGUAUCUCACAUCGAGCCCUUGUCUGCUGGCACAAUGACUGGCCUUGCCAUUCAAACUGCCAUGGAUGAAGUCUUCACUGAAGAAAUGGGCACCCGGCCAGCAACCUUUAAUAUCCCCAAGGUGGUUAUCAUUGUGACAGAUGGACGACCACAAGACCAGGUUCAAGAUGUGGCAGCAAGCGCUCGGACAUCUGGCAUCGAGAUCUAUGCAGUUGGAGUAGGCCGGGCAGACAUGCAGUCCCUGAGGGUGAUGGCCAGCGAACCGCUGGAUGAACACGUCUUUUAUGUGGAGACCUAUGGUGUGAUCGAAAAGCUGACAUCCAAAUUCAGAGAGACUUUCUGUGCUGUGAAUGUGUGCGCGCUUGGGACUCAUGACUGCGAGCAAAUCUGUGUGAGUAACGGCGGAUCCUACCUUUGUGACUGCUACGCAGGCUACACUCUCAGCCCAGAUAAGAGAACCUGUUCAGCUGUGGACAUGUGUGAACCUGGAAGGCACGAGUGUGAUCAGAUCUGUGUGAGUAACAAUGGAUCCUAUGUCUGUGAAUGCUAUGAAGGCUACAUUCUGAAUCCAGAUAAGAAAACUUGCUCAGCCAUGGACAUGUGUGCACGUGGGAGGCACGAUUGUGCGCAGGUCUGUGUGAGUAACGAUGGAUCCUACAGCUGUGACUGCUUCGAAGGAUACACUCUGAAUCCAGAUAAGAAGACGUGCUCAGCUGUUGACAUGUGUGCACCUGGAAGGCACGACUGUGAGCAGGUCUGCGUGAGGGAUGAUCUGUUCUACACCUGUGACUGCUACCAAGGCUACACCCUGAAUCCAGACAAGAAGACUUGCUCACGAGCCAUAACAAGCAGUCUCCUGACAAAUGAAGAAUCCUGUAAGUGUGAAGCUAUAGCUGCCUUGCAGGACUCAGUCACCUCACGCCUUGAAGCUCUGUCCAUGAAAUUAGAUGAAGUGUCUGAGAAGCUGGAGGCAUAUCAAGGCAAACAGCAGGUUGUCUGAGCUAUCAUUCUACUUGAUUCUAAAAUAAUCUUUCAGAGGCAACCCUUUCUACUGUGCUCAGCAAGCUUUAUUUUGUUGCACAGCUUACAAAACAGCAGUUGGUUUGUUAUUAUUAUCAAAUGUCAAGAAGACUUCAGGGAGACAAGAGUCAGGAAAAUACAAUGACUCUGAGGAUCUUCAUGUACAGUCACUUUAUAACCAUAAAGCUCCUUUUACCUGCUGUGCUUCAGUUUGUACUACAAGUAGUACAGCAGGUACUGCUUUUCUGCAGUAUCUACAUUUUUUUCUUGUAUUUAAAUAUCACAUUAUACAAAACUGUGAAAUGGCAAGGCAGAGAAAAAAUUUGCCUAUGUCAUCUGUCCAUUAAAUGGGAAAGUAAUUUGAGGUCUUGUAACUUAUUUUAAUAAAUUAAAGUAUGAUCAGCAUGCUGAUGUUAGAAGUUUUUUUGUAUACAACUUAAAGAAUAUGUGUUAUGAAUAAAAUGUUUAAUAAAAACAAGGAAACAAUAACUCAAAGGAGGCACAAACAAAGGAAAUCCACAUAAUUAAACAGGGUACCAUCCCUAAGUCAUAGAAUCAUAGAAUGGUUUGAGUUGGAAGGGAUCUUAAAGAACAUG